GCUGCUCAACUUAUACUGAUGACUGAGGUUGGAGGAAUCCAGUAUGGGUUUUCAGGUCAAAGUCGACUUGUGUGGAAGGAAGGAACGCUCAGGGAUCUGAUCAGCUCCCAUUUCGGCAACACCCAAAGCCUAGCGAAGGAGCACGUCAAACUGGAAAAAGUGUUCAACGCACGCAACCUCGUACGCAUGGCUGGACUCGAGGUCGUUUGGACGCACAACCUGGCCGAUCAUUUACGUCUCUACAAUGACGACAAGAGUGUGGCUAUAUUCCACCACGUCACGUUCCUAAAGUACCAGCGACAUGACAUCUUCCCUAGAGGAUUCGUCGACGAGACUUUACGCACUCUUGCCUUGCUCCUACCAUCCAACGACAGGGACACGCAGACGUGGUUUCGACAGCAGCAGUCCUUCUGCAACCUCGACGUCCAAGCCAACAAGUGUACGCGUCUCAGAGCCGACGAUCGCCGAAUCGACAACUUCGCUUUCUGGCGUGACCGGCUUGUCAUCCUGAAGCAGGUGUUUGAUGAGGCCGAGCCGAGCACGCUUUCGCAAUGGUGGUAUGACAGGCGAAAUGGCCCGCAGUGGUACACGUUCUGGGUAGCAGUUGCGGUGCUGCUUCUUACGAUAUUCUUUGGCCUUGUACAGAGCAUUGAGGGGGCUCUACAGGUCUACAAAGCGUACCAUCCCGAUUCGGACUGA